CCAGCCAUGAAAAUCGUCCAUAAGCUUCUUGGUAAAGUGUGUAUAUAAAGCGGGUUUCACAAACAACUCCCAACAAUCAGGGGGAUAACGAUCGAGGAGAUUUCAUUUCUUGACUCAGAAACUGACAGGAUGGGCUGCACUAAGAUUGCCGUGCUUGCGUUGGUGCUGUGCUGCGUUGAGCGCUGUCUCUCCGCCUCUUGUGUGGUGGAUAGCUUCACAGUGAAACAGGACUUUGACCCCAAGAGGUAUGCCGGGAAGUGGUUCGCCCUCCAGAAGAAAGAUCCGGAAGGUCUUUUCCUUCAGGACAACAUCUCCGCUGAGUACACCAUCGACGACGACGGCACCAUGACUGCCUCCUCCAAGGGCCGCGUCACCCUCUUUGGCUUCUGGGUUGUCUGUGCUGACAUGGCCGCCCAGUACACCGUCCCAGACCCCAAUAACCCGGGCAAGAUGUUCAUGAACUACCAGGGACUGGCCAGUUACCUGUCAAGUGGAGGCGACAACUACUGGGUGAUCGACACCGACUACGACAACUACGCCCUGACCUAUGCCUGCCGCUCGGUGAAGGAGGACGGCAGCUGUGAGGACGGCUACUCCCUGGUGUUCUCCAGGAACCCCCGCGGCCUGCCCCCCGCCAUCCAGCGCCUGCUGCGCCAGAAGCAGGAGGAAAUCUGCAUGGUGGGCCAGUUCCAGCCCGUCCUGCAGUCCGGAGCCUGCUAGACACACACACGCAUAGAGACACACACACAUAGACACACACAUAGAGUCACACACAUAGACAGACGCAUACACAGACAGACACAUAGGCACACGCACGCACACACACACACACACACACGCACACACACACACACACACACGCACACACAUGCACACACACACACACACACACACACACACACACAGAAGCACAUAUAUUUAGACAUUGACAUACAGAAGAUGAGGAUGUGGGUGGUUUGUAGAGUGAGAGUGGGAGAGAGAGGGAAAGAGACUGAGAGGGACUGGGGGAGAGGGGAUGGCUGAGAGCAGAGCAGACUGGUUGGGGGGAGUAACAGAGAACUGAUCAUCGGGGUCUGUGUCAACUCGGCCCAGGUGGAGGUGGAGGUGGAGGAGGUGGAGUAAGGCCAGGGUCAGUGGACGCGGCGUAAGAAAGGCCAAGUUGGAGAAGCGUGAGAGGGAAAGGUGUAGCGACUCCUUCUCCUCUUUCUCCUCCACAACCCUGCUCUUGUGUUUGUUUGGCGCCCGUUCUCUGGGACUCUCCAGGGGCUUGGGGUAGGGUUGCUGCUCCGCUGCUCUGAGUGCAUUUCAAUGAAUAAAACCUUUUUCUAAACAAAGAA